AUGACGAGAGUCGAGAUCAUUUCUAGAGAGAACAUAAAACCAUCUUCCCCAACACCACUACACCUGAAAUCAUACAAUCUUUCCAUCUUAGAUCAGCUCAUUCCUGCCCCUUAUGCACCCAUCAUACUAUACUAUCCAAAUCAAGAUCAAGCCAGUGAUCUUGAAGUCCAAGAACGAUUGAAAUCUUUAAAGAUUUCAUUAUCCAAAACAUUAACACGCUUCUAUCCUUUAGCGGGGACUAUAAAGGACGACCUUUCUAUUGAUUGUACAGACGUUGGUGCUUACUUUGCAGUGGCUCAUGUUGAUGCUUAUCUUGAUGAGUUCCUGAAUCAUCCAGAUUUCGAUCUGAUCAACCGGUUUCUUCCAUGUGAACCUAGUUUCAAUGGGAGUAACGAAGGAAGUCAUGUGAGUAACAUUCAAGUUAACAUUUUUGAAUGUGGUGGGAUCGCUAUCAGUUUGUGUAUUUCACACAAGAUUCUUGAUGGUGCUGCGUUGAAUACUUUCCUAAGAGGGUGGGCCGGGACUUGUUGUGGGUCGAAAGAAGUUGUGUACCCAAACAUGAACACGAGCUCUUUGUUUCCCGCAAAAGAUUUAUGGCUCAAAGAUUCAUCAAUGGUGAUGUGGGGUUCAUUGUUCAAGAUGGGUAAAUGUAGCACAAAAAGAUUCGUUUUCAGUUCAUCAAAACUUGAUGCUCUCAAGGCGGAGGCAGUGGGAAACAGGGUGAAACAUGCUACACGUGUUGAGGUGGUGUCAGCUUUGCUAUGGAAGUGUAUGAUAGCUGCAUCUGAAGAAAAGGCCGGCUUUUGGAAGCCAUCUUUGUUAAGCCAUGUUGUGAACCUUCGCAAAAGGAUAUUAUCAUCACUUUCAUUAGAAAAUUCCAUCGGGAACUUGAUUUGGAUAGCGGAUGCGGAAUGUAAAACCGAGUCUGAAAUCGGAUUAGGAAAUCUGGUUGGAAAAGUACGUGAUGGGGUGUCGAGAAUUGAUGGUGAGUUUGUGAAGAACAUGCAAGGUGACAAAGGUAUAGAAGUGAUGGAAGAUUCAUUGAAAAGGUUGAAAGAUUGUGGGGAUUAUGUUGGGUUUACGAGUUGGUGUAAGAUGGGGUUUUAUCAAGUGGAUUUUGGUUGGGGAAAGCCGAUGUGGGUGUGUGGGAGUGUUUCUGAUGGUAGUCCGGUUUUUAUGAAUUUUAUUGUUUUGAUGGACACGAGAUGUGGUGAAGGGAUAGAAGCUUGGGUGAGUAUGGAUGAACAAGAAAUGCAUAUUUUAAAACAAAACUCCGAGCUCUUGGAGUUUGCAUCACUUGAUCCGAGUCCUCUAGACAUGAACAAUGAUCUUGAAGUCCAAGAAAAGUUGAAAUCUUUAAAGAAUUCGCUAUCCAAUACAUUAACACGAUUCUACCCUUUAGCUGGGACAAUAAAGGAUGACCUUUCUAUCGAUUGCACAGACAUUGGUGCUUACUUUGCAGUGGCUCGUGUGGAUGCUUCUCUCGAAGAGUUCUUGAAACAUCCUGAUUUCGAUCUGAUCAAUCGGUUUCUUCCAUGUGAGCCUAGUUUCAAUGGGAGCAAUGAAGGAAGUCAUGUGAGUAACAUUCAAGUUAACAUUUUUGAGUGUGGUGGAAUCGCUAUUGGUUUGUGUAUUUCACACAAGAUUCUUGAUGGUGCUGCCUUGAGUACUUUCCUAAGAGGGUGGGCCGGGACUUGUUGUGGGUUGAAAGAAGUUGUGCAACCAAACAUGAACACGAGCUCUUUAUUUCCCGCAAAAGAUUUAUGGCUCAAAGAUUCAUCAAUGGUGAUGUGGAAAUCGUUGUUCAAGAUGGGUAAAUGUAGUACGAAAAGAUUCGUUUUCAGUUCAUCAAAACUCGAUGCUCUCAAGGAAAAGACAAUGGCAAAUGGGGUGAGAGUGAAAGAUCCUACACGUGUUGAGGUCGUUUCGGGUUUGCUAUGGAAAUGUGUGAUGGCUGCAUCAGAAGAAAAGACCGGUUCUUGGAAACCAUCUUUGUUAAGCCAUGUCGUGAACCUUCGCAAAAGGGUAUUAUCGUCAUUUCCAUUAGAAAAUUCCAUCGGGAACUUGAUUUGGAUAGCGGAUGCGGAAUGUAAAACCGAGUCUGAAAUCGAAUUAGGAAACCUGGUUGGAAAAGUACACGAUGGGGUGUCGAGAAUCGAUAGUGAGUUUGUGAAGGAACUACAAGGUGACAAAGGGAGAGAAAUGAUGGAAGAUUGUUUAAAAAGGUUGAAAGAUUGUGGGGAUCAUGUUGGGUUUACGAGUUGGUGUAAGAUGGGGUUUUAUGAGGUGGAUUUUGGUUGGGGGAAGCCGAUGUGGGUGUGUGGGAGUGUUUCUGAUGGUAGUCCGGUUUUUAUGAAUCUUAUCAUUUUGAUUGACACGAGAUGUGGUGAAGGGAUAGAAGCUUGGGUGUCUAUGGAUGAACAUGAAAUCAAUAUCUUGAAACAUAAUUUCGAGCUUUUGGAGUUUGCAUCACUUGAUCCGAGUCCUCUAGAGAUGAACAACUGA